AUUACGUCUUUACUGUGAUUUUCAUUUCAUUCGUUCCGGAAAUCGUCGUUGCUAACGCGCUUCGAGAAGAGAAUUCUCAAAGUGAAGGCUGGAAGUUCCGGAGAAUUCUCAACAUGGAAUCGUCCCCUGCCACCGCAAGCCAGCGGAUUUCGCUGGGCCUACAACUCUUGAACUUGAAGUUCCUGUUCCUUGGACACGUUGCGAUCGCAUCAUGGAUCAUGAUGAUGGGGCCUGGCGGAACCGCCUAUCUUUUCCACACAAGUGUUCUUGUCAUGCUCAUCUUCUACGGCAUUCACUUCCGAGAGAACCCUGAGCCACUCUUUCUCGCCGUGUGCGUCGAAUCGUUGGCAUUCGUGCUGGACCUCUUCCUGAUAGCUUUCUAUGCGCGAUGGUUUCUAUCGGUGAUGAUGAUAUUGAUACACAUGAUCUUCCGGGUGGUUGCGGGCGUCGUUCUUCUGAGAGAACACCAAGUUCGCGGAGGCCCCAUCGUCCAAUCGGCUCUCAGGGGGGUGAUCGUUGAAGGGAAUGCGUCCUAUGACGACAUCGAUCAAAGAUCCCAGCCUCACAUACCGGUGCCAAGGCACACGACGGAUAUGGGGAAUCAUUAG